CAACCCCAAAGCAAAAUCAAGCUACUUCCAACUCAACAUUAUGUAUAUCGGGAUGUCAGGUACAGAAAACCAAACACGAGACGAGGAAUCACCGGUCAACGGCGACAUUCUAGAGGUCGUACUCUCUCGCGCGCCGCUCGUCGACUUGGUGGCGGCGUCGCUGGUGUCCAAGUCUUGGAGCCACGCCGUGACUUCCUCCCUCCGGUGGCUCAACAAGCCCAAGCCCUGGCUCUUCGUUCACACUCAAAGCACGCGUUCCCCCCAAGAUGUCGCCACGCGCGCUUUCGACCACCGCUCCAGCGAGUGGGUCGACAUUGCUCCCAACGCCGCCGCCGCGUCAUCCGUCUACGUCUCGCCCAUCCGCUCCUCCAAUUCCAACCUCAUCUACAUGCUAUCCCCCACCACGCUCUCCUUUUCCUUCCACGCGCUCAGCGCCGAGUGGCAUCACGUCCCGGCGCCAACGGUGUGGCGCACGGACCCGAUCGUCGCGUACGUCGCCGGCUCCAUCGUCAUUGCCGGCGGCACGUGCGACUUCGAGGAUGACCCCCUGGCUGUGGAGAUGCACAGCCUCGAGGACGGCGCCACGUGGCAGACGUGCCAUUCCAUGCCGCCGAUUCUUAAGGACUCGUCCGCCUCCACGUGGCUGUCCAUUGCCACCACGUCCGACAAGCUCGUCGUCACCGAGAAGCUCACCGGCGCCACCCACUGCUUCAACCCGAGAACUAAAACCUGGUCGGGGCCGUACAAUUUACGCCCCGAUCCACGGAUGUCCCUGUCGAUCAUCGGAUUCUCCGAAGAUCGCGGGCUGGUUCUAAUGGGAACUAUCGUCGCCGGGGACGCCCAAGGCGUAAAACUAUGGGAUGUCAACUCUGAGACCUUUGAAUGCGUGGAGAUUGGGGAGAUGCCGGCGGGGUUAGUCGGGAAACUGCAGAGCGAGACCUUCGGAUUAUCUUCGAUAAACCUUUGCACAGCGGGAGAUUACGUGCACAUAUAUAAUGGGUCCCACGCGGAGGAUGUGGUCGUUUGUGAGCUAGGCGGAGGCGGCGGUGAGUGGUGGAGCAUCAAGAACAUGGCGGUUGGGGAUAAUGGAAAUAGCAAAAUGGAAAGAGUGGUUUUUACUUCGUCCUCAGAAGUUGGAGUGGACGAACUGCGGCGAGCUAUGCGGUCGGGCCAAGGGACUACGUUUACUGUGUGUGAUCGAAGCAGAUAAAAUAACAAUUUCUCUUUACUUAAAGUGCAUGGCCGCCAUUUUUGUAAUCCUUCUCCCAUACAUCUGCAGAUAAGAAUCGAAUGUAUCUGCAUUAUUCCAUACUUUAUUUUUUACAUUGCUUUUAUUUAACUUGUUUUAGUUGCCACACUUUCAUUUUUACAUUUGUCAAUGCACA